CAGAACUCCUCCUCUUCCAUUCAAUUCGCAGCUCUACCUCGCUCAUUUUCUCCCCACCUCCCUCCCUCUCUGCCUCCCAGCCUGUCUCCAGUCAGAAUUAGAGGAGCCCUUUUUCUAAAUGCAUUGUGCGUGUUCUGAGGGGGGGAUCCACAGACACAUGACUUGUGAUCUUAUCUGCCGAAAAUGAGGCGAAAAGCUCCUAAACGGGUCAUCACAGAUAGCCAACAACUAUCUGGCUCCCCAGGCAAGACUUAAAGCUUUGACUAUUGGUAUGCGGUUAGAAUUCAAACGUUGCUCCGACACUCAGCAGCAGAAGUAACAGCCGCACAACACAUGCACGCUGAGGCUGGGGGCAAAACUAUGAAAAAGAUAUAUAUUGGCAAAACAGCCCUGAAAAGCCAGAGAAAUGGAUGCAAGCAUCCAAAAAGAAGCUCCUUCCACGACCACAAGGACGACCUCCGCAAGCGUCUGUCGUACACCACCCACAAACUAGAGAUGGUGGAAACCGAGUUUGACUCCACCCGGCAGUACCUGGAGACGGAGCUGCGGCGGGCCCAGGAGGAACUGGAGAAAUUCACGGAGAAGCUGCGCAGGAUCCAGAGUAGUUACUCAGCUCUUCAGAGGAUAAACCAGGAUUUAGAGGACAAGAUGUGCAGAACGUCUCAGCGCCACGAAGAGGAGAAGCGAGCACUCAGCCGGGAAAUCAUUGUUCUCAACAACCACCUCAUGGAGGCAAAGAUCACCAUCAACAAACUCCGAGAGGACAACGACCUGUACAGGAAAGACUGCAACCUGGCAGCCCAUCUGCUGCAAUGCUCCAAGUCUCACUACAGAGCACACAAGUUGUCUGAGCUGCCGCUGGAUUUCCAGGAGCGCAUCAGCUCCUACAUGGAGAAACAUUGCCGAGGUAGAGGAGCCACCAUAGCGAUGUGCCAGCCCAAUUACCCCGAGGAAGUGCCCACAGCUGUAAUCGCCAAGGUUCUGGAAAAGCUUGAACCCGGCAGCGAUUCCCCUAUUACGUGCUCAUCGAGCUCCCACGUUCAGGAUGGAGACUUUCUAAUAGGAACAGGAAGCAGCGAUCACCUGAACCGCCGGAUUUCCUACAAGACGUCGGACCUGUACUGCAGUGACACGGCCCUUUAUUGUCCGGAGCGCUGGCAGGACACGGAGCGCAGGCAGAGUGUCGACCUCCACGGCACCGGCCUGCUUCAGCUGCAUGCCCAGACCUCCUUGGAGAGCAACCCAGACGAUGAUCCUUUCCAGUCUGGCAGUUUCUCCCACCACGACGCCCCGUCUUUCCACCACCACGAUGACUUUGGCACUGGCAGCUUCCCUGCCUCUAGCUCGUACUCCAGCUUCAGCCUCGCAUCCGAUGAGAAGGGAGCGGUUAGCGGCGGCGGCGGGCGCACCUCCAGCACCGCUCUAUCCUCUUCGCACCAGGGUCUUUAUAUGGACUGGCGCGAUGGUGCAAGCGGGGACUAUGAGCACAAGGGCUUGUCUUCAUACGACAAAGAAGUUCCCAGCUUCUCCAAGUCACACAGCGUACAGCGUAUAGUGGCCAAUAGGAGCCCCCAGAAGGGAACUUCCCCAUCAUACACAAGGACAGCUUCGUGUUUCAGCGAACCGUACCACUCGAGCUCGCCUCGCCUCGCCUCCUCCCACAGCAUGGGCUCAACAACAGGUCUGGGCCAGGCCCAAGGCGGAGUGGACAGCCGGAGUGACGUGCAGGCCCCUGAGGACGACCUGAGUGUCCGCUGGAAGCAGCUCAGCGUGGAGGAUAUCCACACGUUCGCAUCCUAUCGCAACAUCCCAGGGCGGAUCUCGCCGUACAGCUUCUCCGAGCGACAGUUUGCCAUGGGCCCCUCCGGCAAACUCAAAGAGUCUCUAUACAGCAGUUUCCAAGAAGGAGACGACGUCUUCCACGGCCACGCGCUGGACCACUGUUUCUCCGUCGGGUCCCCGUCACCCAGCCACAACCCCAAACACAAGGAGCACCGCAAGUCGGAGAAAACCUCCGCGUUGUACCGAGCCAAGGAUGACAGCCAAGACUCAGAGUGCAGUCUGUUCCUUUCAGGGAGCUCUAAAGACAGGGAAGGCAGCGGGGGCGCCGCAACGGCCAACAGCGCCAAGAAGGACUACGUGAACCUGAGCGUGGACAGCUCGGCGGAGUCCUUGCACCACAGCUCGCUGGAGGCCUCGAGCCUUCAGCACUACCCGGCCCCGAGGCCGACCAUUCGUCCCCGGCCGAGUUCCAGCUCCGCCGUCAGCGUGGGCCCCGCACUCCCAAAGAAGACCUCUCCAAGAUACAAAAAAUUUGGGAGCACGGGACUGACGAGGAAGGACAGUUUGACUAAGGCACAGCUGUACGGUACGCUCUUGAACUGAGCGCAGACGGCUUCAGUUUAUGCAUGCCGAUGAUGAUGAUGAGUCCAAUCUGUACUGCCAUGUAUGUCUCCCCCCGAAGCAAACACAUUCUUGUGAUAUAGGGUG